AUGAACUCCUUGAACACGUUGGUGGAGGCAAACAGCCAGCAUCUUCCUGAAGACUUCUGGUUGGUGAUAGGACCGCCCUGGAACUCGAUGUUGACGUUGAACAGGUCCUGGUUGUCCAGGUUGAUCCUAGCGGUGUUGGCAAUGAUGUCGGAGAUGUUGUUACCGGUGAAACAGUUCAAAGCGAGCUGGUUCUUUGGGUCUGAUAACAGGCUGGUUUCCCACUUUGUGAGGUUGGUCAGACUGAGUGGGGCCUCGGUUUCUGAGUCCUGUUUGCCCAGCUUGGUCUGCAACUUCAUCAACAACUCGUCGUCGUCCUGA